AUGCGCCGCGCCGCAACGUUAUUACACCUAGCGCUGUUCCUCGCAGGGCUUACUCUAGGCAAAAAGGAUAUUAAUUACGACCCAAACGAGAAUUACCGGCCGGAAAAUGUGACGGGUUUGGAUUAUUACUAUUAUCCAUGGAUUGGAUCUUACUAUAACGGGAGCGCCGUAUUCACCGUCUCCGACGUUGAGCUUCAAGAUGACCGCUCAGAAUGGGAGAUCGAAGAUGAAGGGGAAUUGGAACUCUGUGGGCAGCUGCGGGACAUCACGUACUCGUGGUCGUACCCAGCAAUCCUAGCGGUCACAGAGACAGAACCGAAAGAUGAGCGACCAAAGAACACAAACCCGAUCGAUAUUUUGCUGUCCACCUCGUAUUCAAACUUCACGCGGUAUUUUAAUGAUUAUAUGGAUUCCGGCAACAUGCAAAUUCACGAUACGCCCUAUGUAUUUGAGUCUAUUGAGAUGUCACGUGAUUUAUAUCCCGCAGAUAGAGACACGAAGCCGGAAUUUAAUCUGACUGUUGCCAAGGAUACAGAGGAUGGGCUUCCUUUUCGAGUGACAGGGACCUCAAAGCUAAAGGAUAACCCACUUAGUGGUUUCCAGAUGAAUAUGUCGACGUGUUUAACCGCCGAAGGAUGGUGGGGUGCCGGUCCUAUUCCGAAUUCUUAUUAUACUGAAAAUGUCAGAAAUAAGGUGAAACCAACUCUCCAGCUGACAUUUGAUGACUCUUCCGCGAGCUUCAGUAUUGUGACGUGGUUUGUCGCGAAUACCCUGUCAGAAGAGGGUAAAGAGGAUAAAGUGACGCCCAGAAUCUCGGGUAAAUUGACGAUCGAAGUAUUAGGGAGGAUUGAUGCUGCGCGCUCGGAUAUCUUAAACGAGGGAACUCCAGUGACAUGGACACCGAGCAUGGGGUUUGGAAAUAAUUCCUUGAGCUUGGAUUAUAAAUCCGGUGCGCAUAUCGCAGCCGAAGUGAAGACCUGUCAGAUCUGGAGCGUCCUGGGGGCUGUCUUAGCAUACAUCUUGAUAUAA